AUGCCAAAGGAGGAGUCAUUGCCAACACGAAAAAAGAUGCGUAAGGGAACGCAUAGUUGCUUCGAAUGCCGGCGUCGAAAGAUUAGAUGUAUAUUCCAAGCCGACAACCCCGACGUCUGCUCAGAAUGCUUUGCACGAGGCAGCCGGUGCAUCGACCAGGAACAGGCCAACCCGGAGGUCGUUGUUGACCAUAGGAAAAAUCUCCGCGAGCGUGUGUCACGGCUAGAGGCUCUUGUUGACACGUUGCUUGAGGAUAAGACGGUCAAGUCCGAGAGUCACAGUCACAGCCAGGCCCAGAGUAUAGCAGACACAUCGUCACCAAAAGCACCCAACCUCUACCAUAGAGAUACCUUCCCGCCUACUCCUCUGUCUUCAGAGGCUUCGACGAAUGUCUUCCAGCUGCCGAGCAAUCAGCGUGCAGCUUCUGAAAGAGGUCACCACGUUCCCAUUCUGUCGGUCUUGGAAGAUGCUCUCAAUGAUGCUGAAGCGCAGGCUAAAGCCCGAUUGGACCCACAUCAGAAGGCAUCGAUGCCAAAACCUAGUGUCGCGGCUAAUGAGCGGUAUACCCUCGAGAAUAAUCACGGGGAUGAUCUAGUGGCCGGCAAUACGACCGCGCACUCUGCAAAGAGGGAGAGAGCAAAGCAAGCUCUCAUUGCCAUGCUGCCACCGUAUGAUCAGCUUACCAAGCUCUUGAACAACAAUAGUGAGUGGUGGCAGACGUGGCGACGGAAGUGUAGCGGCACAUCUGGCACAGAGCAGACACUACCACAAUUUGCGGCACAUGCUUUGACUACCGGAAAUGUUGGUGGCAUUGCUACCGUUGUUCUGUCCGUUGGUAUCUGCUCAUCUGACGAGAGUGGCGACGUGGAUCGUUACAUAGAGGCUGUCGACAGAUGGGUGCUGUCCGAUGACGAGUACGCCGCCAGCCUGGAGGGUAUGGAAUGUCUCAUCUUGAAGUCCAAGUGGUAUGCGGAUGUUGGCCAACCACGACGAGCUUGGCUUGCGUACCGAAAAGGGUUGAUGUAUGCUCAGCUUAUGGGCCUGCAUCGUAAGCGCACUUCCUCUCCAGCGCAUGAAAGUAUAUGGUGGGCGCUGUACCAUGGAGAUCGCUUCCUCUCUCUGCUGCUUGGUCUACCAUACGGUAUCAGCGACGCCCAUUGCGAUCUGACUAUGCCUGAGCUGGGCGACGGCGAGUACAUACACCCGCUCACGGCUAUGACAAAGCUUUCACAACUUGCAGGUCGAGUCAUCGAUCGUAACCAAAGCGUAGCUGAGCAAUCCUUUGCCUGGGCUUUGCAACUUGACCAGGAACUCGAAGAUAUAUGGAAGAAACUUGACCCCGCUUGGGUGGACUACUCUGAGCUACUUUCCGAUCCUGUAGCCAAUGCAGCGGAAUUGCGAGAACGCCUCAUGGGCCAAAUGGUGUUCCAUCAGAUCCGUGUAUACCUGCACCUACCAUUCAUGCUCAAGUCCGCGUCCAACCCCCGCUUCACGUACUCUCGCACCGCAUGUCUCAACGGUUCCAGAGAAGUAUUGCGCCUUUACCAAGCCCUUAGAGCUGGCACCGUGCAGCCUCUCUACGAAUGCAAGGCGGUGGAUUUCAUCGGCUUCACCGCCGCAGUGCUCGUACAAAUUGGCCUCCUCAACUUUGGCCUUCGCGGCACGUCAUCCAGCCCUAAGGAAGUCGAAGAAGAUGUCCGCUUGAUCGAGAUCAGCAUUGAUAUUUUCCGCCGCGCCUCAAGUGAGAAGGGCGGAAAGGUAGCGCUUCAGUCUGCAGAGGUGCUGGAGAAGAUGAUGUCCAAGUUCAAGGGAACGAGCAACAAAUUAGAUGAGGAUUGCAAGGGCCAAUCUAAUUUUGUGAUUCCAUAUUUUGGGACCAUUUCGAUUAAGAGAGGGGGUCAGGUGGUUAAGGAGGGGCCACCUCCGCCGUCUCGUUCACCGAGUUUGAGUAUGUCGAUAAGGAGUCCAGCUCUGUCACAGUCACAGUCACAAUCACAGUACUCCGAGAAACUGUCAACUACGGGAUCGGAUCUGUUCUCUCAUCCCACCCAAUCCUUAAAUCUCACGCCAAAAACGUCCAUUUCCACCGCUACAGGUACAUCAGCUCUCAACUUCACCGACCCAUCGCCUUUCGUCUCGUAUGAUGGGUUUUAUAACUGGAACAAUUUGAACGCCGACGAUGCUUCAACGAGCGGUGCUGCUGCUGGUACCAACACUCAGAUCAACGACGACUCGAUGAACAACUUCCCGCUGCCGACGAAUAAUUUCAGUUGGCAGCAUAUGCCCAUGGAUAUCGAUCAGGACUGGAGUUGGUUCUUGAACGACACAUCAACGACGACGCCAGCCGUGGGAACGCAACCACCGCCGUUGGAUGCAUUCAAUGUGCAGGGGUUCACUGGGUUUGGUUGA